CCUCCUCCUCCUCCUGCUUCAACUCUCCGGAGUUUGGUCGCAGCCGCCGCCGCCGCUAACAAACCGACUUUUCUCUGGAUUUAUCUCCGCCUUCGAAGCCGAACUUUCCCGUCUCUGAGUUGGACCUUCACGGACGGCAGCAGCCCCGGCAGCAGCUCACGGAACCGGACCGAGCCGGAGGAGGAAUCGGGCGUCCUGUCGAAGUCGCCAUGGAAGUUCCUGGUAUGCAGAGCACUCAGAUCGAUCCAGAGGAGCUGUUCACCAAGUUGGAUCGCAUUGGAAAGGGCUCGUUUGGAGAGGUGUUCAAAGGCAUCGAUAAUCGCACUCAGAGCGUCGUGGCCAUAAAGACGAUCGACCUGGAGGAGGCCGAGGAUGAGAUCGAGGACAUCCAGCAGGAGAUCACGGUGCUCAGCCAGUGCGACAGUCCGUACAUCACCAAGUACUACGGCUCCUACCUGAAGGGCAGCAAACUGUGGAUCAUCAUGGAGUAUCUCGGUGGAGGAUCAGCGCUCGACCUGCUGCGUGCGGGUCCGUUCGACGAGUCUCAGAUCGCCACCAUGUUGAAGGAGAUCCUGAAGGGCCUGGACUACCUGCACUCUGAGAAGAAGAUCCACCGAGACAUCAAAGCUGCCAACGUCCUGCUGUCCGAGCACGGUCAGGUGAAGCUGGCCGACUUCGGCGUGGCCGGUCAGCUCACCGACACGCAGAUCAAGAGGGAAACCUUCGUGGGAACGCCGUUCUGGAUGGCGCCGGAGGUGAUCCAGCAGUCGGCCUACGACUCCAAGGCCGAUAUUUGGUCGCUGGGCAUCACGGCCAUCGAACUGGCCAAAGGGGAGCCUCCUAACUCCGACAUGCACCCGAUGCGAGUCCUCUUCCACAUCCCCAAGUCGCCUCCUCCGACGCUGACCGGCGAUUUCUCCAAGAGCUUCAAAGACUUCACCGAGGCCUGUCUCAACAAGGACCCCACCUUCCGUCCGACAGCCAAGGAGCUUCUGAAGCACAAGUUCAUCGUGAAACACUGCAAGAAGACGUCGUACCUGAGCGAGCUGAUCGACCGCUUCAGGAGGUGGAAGCAGGAGGGCCACAGCGACAGCAGCUCCGAGGACUCCGACGGCGAAUCCAGCAACAAAGAGAACAGCGACUCUCCUGAGUGGACCUUCACCACCGUCCGGAAGAAGAAGACGGACGGACGGACCGCCCUCAACGGGGUGGACAGUACCCAGCAUGGUCAGGACCAGCUGAGUAAAUCUGCCAGUCUGACCACGGUCAUCUCUCCCGUCUUCACUGAGUUGAAACAGCAGCACAAGGAGCAUUCUGAGCAGCGAUUGGCCAUCGAGAAACUGGAGAGCAACAUCCGAUUGGCUGAAGAGGUGUGUCCAGGCAUCACGGACAGGAUGGUCCAACGCAUCAUAGCCAGGUACCAGAAGUUCACGACAAACUGAAGGACGAUCGAUGGACCACCGAAGCGCAGAGAGACUGUGUCUCCGAACGGCUGCUGGACGACGAAACGGAGGAGAUUUGCUGUGCGAUGCCUCCUCGCUGUACACACACACACACACACACACACACACACACACACACUACUAAUGUAAUAUAUACACUAUAUUAUAUAUAAAUAUAAAAUAUAUAUUCACUGCUGCUGGUUGAAGACCUUUUUUCUCCGCCGGAACUUUUGGAAAAACAAUCUGAGUUGGACUUUUGGUUUUUGAGGUGGUGAACUUUCUCCCAUUGUUCUUUUUGUAACGACUUCUUCCUCUUGAGCUUGAAUGUGUUUAAAGUAAAGCAGACCAAUGUUUCAGGCUGGCCUCAGUCAUGAGUCAUCUGUCACCAUCAUGUGCCUUAAUCCUUUUUGCUAUCAGUGAUUUUCUACAAGAAUGCGUCGCGUUUUUUUGUUUGGUAGAGAUUCUUUUUGUCGUACGUGGAGAAACGUAAACCGAGGAGGGUUCUCGUCCAUCAGCAGUGGUUUGUUUCGUGUCAAGACUUGCCUCGAGUCUGUAGAUGUCGAUAUGUUUGUUCAGUAGCACUUGAGACAGAUUAUAUGCCAAUAUUACAUAUGUUGUCUUCAGUAAUGCCUUUUAAUUACAGUUCCCUGUUUGCAGAUGUCGGUCAAUGUCAGGUUCACCCCUCAACGUCCAACAGUUACCACAAAAAAUGCUUUUAAACUUUGCAGUUCGGACUUGGUAGCAGUGGAGAUUCCUCAGCUUUAACCGCUGAUAUGUGCAGUAGCCUAGCUUCAACAUUCAGUGUGUUCAAAUGGUACAAACUCAAGAAUUAGUGGAACACUUCAAUGUUCCACUAAGGAAUCCACUUUAACUUUUUUGCCUUCAUUUCUGGAAGCUAUCAGACCGUGCUAACCAGUGAGCUAGCUAGUUAGUGUCGUAGCCACCCAAAGUUUUUAGCAAAGUUUAGGUUUGCAAGUAAAGGCAGCUUUACAAUAUUUGUUAUGAUUUGAAUUAUUCAAACACGAAACUUUAAUUUAAAAAAAAAAUAAAAAUAAUUAAUGUCCCUAGGCCCUGCUCGGGCUAGGCAGCUAGUCGCUUGCUAACCAAUGAGCUAGCUAGGUAUUGUUGUACCACCCAAAGUGUAGGUUUGCAAGUAAAUGCAGUUUUAGAUUAUUUUUUAUUAUUUGAAUUAUUCAAACACAAAACUUUCGUUUAAACACAAAAAGUUCUCCGAUUAAUGUCCGUAGACCCUGCCCGGGCUCGGCAGCUAGUAGCUUGCUAACCAGUCAGCUAGCUAGGUGUUGUUGUAGCCACCUGAAGUAAUGAGCAAAAUUUAUGUUAACAAGCUGCUCUAAACGUUGUUUUUUGAAGCACCGCCUGUGACGUUGCUCAGCAAUAAAACAGAAACAGGAGAAAUCUUGACUUUGGUGAAAUUUCGUUGAUUUGUGGAAGUCAGCUUUUGGUUAAAUUUUAGGAUUUCAGUGAUGGAAAGACACAAACGUCUUCCACUGGCUCACGGGCUUCUUCAUACGCAUCAAGUUUGGGAAAACUAUUGAAGAACGGCGCCAGAAAGUGUAUUCUCAACGUGACGCUUGAUGUGUUGAGACGUUAGUUUUAUUCCGUUUAAACGUUGCACUGAUUCUCUCAAAGAGCACGAAGGGAACCGUAAUCAGAGGUAUUACUGACAGUUUGUACCAAAGACACUAUAAAACUUGGUCACUGUAUAGUUUUGUCUUUUUAUAUAUCAUAAGGGAUACGACAAUGUUUGUUGAGGGGGGGAAAUGUAAAAUUAAAGAUGUAAGAUUUUACAGUAACAUACUCUUUUUGUAGCGGGACUUAGAGUUUUAUGAAUAAAUAUUUAAGUUUGAUUGAAAAA